AUGCUUGCUUGCGUUCUCCCUCCCUCCUGCCCCUUUUGUUGCUCACGACGGUGUCUCUCUCUCUUCGCCUUUCUCUUCCCUCAUCACUUUUCCCUCUCCCCACUUCUCCAUCCCCCCCCCUACUUGUUCUGGCAGAAACGAAGUGAGCCAGCGAUGGCGGACUCUUCGAAGGCCACAUUGUCACAGAUGAGCACAGAAACACUUCUGCAGCAACUCUGUGGCAUGCGCACAGCGCUGGAGGAGGAGAGCCAUGCACCGUAUGAGGCGGAGGCAGAGGCCACGCAAGUGGAUAGCAGUCACCGCCACCACCACUACGGUAACGCUGCCGUCGUAGGAGUCAGUUGGUACUCGUCCGAUGUCGCUCAUGUCAGCCACUCGGAGUCGAGCGCGCCCAGGGAGCCCGUCAUGGAGCCGCGAGAGGCUCGAGUGGUGGACGCAGCGCCUGACCACGCAAGAAGUAAAAGCAGCGUCUCCCAGAUCUCAGCCUCAACUGCAGCUCGGCCUCGGCCUUCGUCGUCGCAGCUGUCUCCCCACACCACAGGCGACGGCUUCUCAGUGUCUUCGGUGCGUAGCCUUCCUGACGCCCACGCCGAUCCGACAGCGCCGUCGGUGGCACCAGUGACUCCCGUAGUCACAGAGGGUAGUGACCAUUCAGCCGUGUCUGCGUCCACCAAGGGCCGACUCAGUCACGUGCAUGCCGCCGCUGCAGCAGGUGCGCCCUCUUCUUCCGCGUCCUCCUCCACCACUGGGCCACCGCCGCUGACGGUUGCGCCGUUGGGGGGCGCGAGGACCACCACUGCUGCCAAGGAGCACCCUCUUGCACCUGCCACGACACGCACCAGAACGGGUUUUAGUAAUGGCGAGGUACCGCCUCAUCCUGGACUCGCCGCCUCCACUCAGGCCGGCGCAGCGCCGCCACCAUCGCUCCCACUGCUAUCCUCAUCCCACCCCACCACAUCUAGUGCGGCGGCGACGACACCGGCCACGUUUUCCUCGGGUGCUGUCGUGAAGGAGGGUAGCGGCGGCGGCGCGGGCGUAAGUGCCUCGGAGGAGACGGAUCCCUACGGCCGCCCAGCCAUCGCACUCAGCGUACACCUGCUGGAUCUGUACAAGAUGGUAAACGCGCGGUAUUGCGCGCAGCGGCGCCUCGAGUCGCCGGGACCAAAGUACAACAGCGGCUACGAUGACAAGGAUGGCCACUAUUUGUUUCUGCCAGGGGAGGUGAUCUUCCAGCGGUACAUUGCGCAGGAGGUAUUGGGUAAAGGCAGUUUCGGCACCGUCAUUCGCGGCUUUGAUCAGAAGCGGUCCGAAGCGGUGGCGAUGAAGAUCACGCGACGUGGCUCGAGUUUUCGGAGCCAGGCAAAGCUGGAGCUCGACAUUCUGUUGCGCCUUAACGAGAAUCCAGCGUUGAACCACCUCGUGGUGCGACUGCUAAAAGUGUUUGAGUGGCAGGGCCAUCUUGUGUUGGUGUUUGAGCUGCUGAGCUUCAACCUAUACCAGCUCAUCAAGUGCACCCGGUUCAACGGUGUGAGUCUCGAUCUAGUGCGCAAGUUUGCCUAUCAACUCACGCACACGCUGCUGCAGCUUGAGUCACAGAAGCCUCAACCAAUCAUUCACUGCGACCUGAAGCCGGAGAACAUACUGCUGCGCAGUCAAAACAGAAGUGGCAUCCGCCUGAUCGACUUUGGCUCUGCCUGCUACGCGGCCAAACGCUUCCACCGUUACAUUCAAAGCCGCUUUUACCGCAGCCCUGAGGUGAUACUUUUUCUUGAGUACGGCACACCGAUCGAUCGCUGGUCGCUGGCGUGUGUGCUGGUCGAGUUACAUACCGGCGUCCCCCUGUUUGACGGUCGCACAGAGGCGGCGCAGCUGGCAAAGAUCGAAGCCACCCUCGGGCCGAUACCAGCGAGAAUGGUGGCGGGGUCGCCCAAGGCAAACCGGUUCUACUACGGUAACGUCACGUCGGGAUUCCAGCUGAAGGAGCCCGUCCCGGAGCGGCGCACGCUCGAGAGCAUCAUCGGCGUCACCACCGGUGGGCCGCGCGGCCGGCGUCUCAACACUCCCGGUCACGACGAACAGGUGUACCGCGAUUUCCACGACUUCAUCGCGGGCUUUUUACGAUAUCAACCAGAGGAGCGGAUGAACUGCCGUGACGCACUGCAGCAUCCCUUCCUGAUGCCCCUGUACACAUCAGAUCUUCAGCUGCAGAAGGAUCGUGAAGAUGCCCAGCCAGUAGCCGCCCCGCCGCUCUCACAACAGCAGCAGCAAGAGCAACCCCCGCAAUCCUCUCAGAGCAGCCAGCCACAGCAGCAGCACAUGACUGUCGCAGCGACAACUGAACCCUCCUCUGUAGAGCACAGCUACGCCCCUGCUGUUCUUCCAGCCCGCUAG